UCAUCGCUUCAUAAAUUUCAACUGUUCAAUGUUUCACAAAAUUUCUCGAUUUAAACUUUGAUUUGUUUAAAAUAUUGGAAACUGUCUGAAGUUACACUUAACACGCGUCUUCCGGGAGUAGAACUUUCGUAAAUACAUGUGAAACUGUGAUUUUAAAGGAUAUGAAAUAAAGCUCAUUAUAUUUAACACGUCGUUUUGAAAUACACAAUAAAUAUAUUAAAGGAAAGGAAUUUUACAUACAGGGGAAGUAAAAAAACAACCUGUUUGAACAUGGGGGCGUUAAAAACUUGUGGACGAAUUCUAGUUGUUUCUGUGAAUAUAUUCUUUCUGUUUAUUGGGGUUGUCCUAUUUGGCGCUGGAAUGUUCCUCCGAUUCGGUAAGAAGUACACAGACGACUAUGUUCAGUCAGCCGAAGAGGCGCUCAAAAAGGCUCUGGAAGAUACAGGGAUUGGUAACAGCACGGACGUGGAUCUGGACAUGAACGAGCUCUUGCUCACCCUGUCAAUCGUGCUUAUCUGCAUCGGGCUGUUCUUCGGGAUCAUAUCUUUGCUUGGAGUUCUUGGGGCUUGCUGUCAGAUCAAGUGCCUCCUUGUGAUGUAUGUGGUUAUCUGCCUAGCCAUCGCAAUUGCGGAAGUUGUCUGUGUGAUUCUCCUCUACACUGAUGAUACGUUUGCUGACAAGAUUAAGACCAAACUCAAGGACAACAUCAAGACAGACUAUCGCGGUCUCGGUGCCAGUGAUAUCUCGUCCGUCUCCUGGAACAUCCUCAUGAUUAAGUACGGUUGUUGUGGCGUGGAUGCGUACACAGACUUCGACAACACUGAAAAAUGGGCUCACACAGAAACAACAAAUGGUGUCACAAAGACAGUGGCUACCCCCGUCUCCUGUUGCAAAACACUACCAAGUUCCGAGGACCUAUCAUGCGCACAGAUACCUCUUCUGGCAACGGAAAACUACCUGUCAGAGGGUUGUUAUCAGAAGGCUUGGGAAGAUACUCUCGGAAAUGCCAUCUAUGCUGCAGCAAUCCUCGCUGGAAUUGGACUACUACAGAUCUUGCUGAUCAUUGGUGCGAUUAUCGUGCUAUGCUCCGGUGGCAAAGAUGGCAAAGCAAAAGAACGACCUAGUAGCGGAAAGGUACUCCGCAAGAACCAAGUAGCUCCCGGAAGUAUCCCCGGCUUCAGGGCCGGCAGAAGGCGAUACUGAUGUGCUGACUACUCAGUGACCGCACAAAGAGACUGUGAUAAUCGUUUCAAUGUUGUGCCAUUUUGUUUAGAUUGUUUUUUUAUUUAAAAUGUCAUUCGGAACUCCUCGGCCAUUUUAUAUCGAAAACAAUCUCGGAUGUAUUUGGACGGUUUACAUACUCAAAAAUAGGUACGUUUAAGUCCGCUGCAAGUAGAUCGCGUAGUAAUUUCAGUUAGAAGUUAAACUUUAUGACUGAAUUCUUGGGAAUUUUAAUUAUGUUUGCAAUAAUACACAUCAUUGGCAAUCAAUUUAAACUUUGAUCAAUAAAUACAGCUCUGAAACACUGCAUUUGAUUAAUGAUAUAAUUCAAAAAUUUACGAACUACUUCAACUGAUGUACCGGCAUACAUCCGAGGUUGUUUUCGAUAAAAAUGGCUGAGGAGUUUCGAAUGUUAAAAAAGUUGGAUUAGUUCAGUUUAUCCGUCCAUAUGUGUGUUAUUGUUUUUGUCAUAGCAUUAGAUCUUUGAGGAAGAAAAUGAAUUCAGCAGUGAUAUAUUGACAUGAAAAGAAUGUUUAAAAGUGUAAAGCGAAGUUAAUAAGGCCAUGAUUGUUAUAAGUUACUUUUGGUGUUGAUUUUAUGGAAUAUAUACAAUUAGUUUACUGGUACAAACACUUUUAGAUCAUCUGAUGAUGUUUUGUUAAUUAGAAAUAUUUUAUUAAAAGAUAAAUUACAAUCAGUACAAGGUUCUGGACAACGCGUUCCCAUCAGGAAAACAGAUAUAAUACUAACAUUUACUAGUAGACAAGGAACAAACAAACUAAAAUAAAAUAAAAUUAUUUAUCUAAAAAUCUUUUCAAAUAUUAAACAUGCGUUGAUCGCAUUUCUUAUUCAAUAUCAUCUUGAAAAGCAUACCAGAAAUACUUAGAUCUAAGUUAUGAACACAGUCUUAAUUAGUUUUGUUUUAAAAAAUAAAGAUUUUAAUGCUGGUAAUAAAAUCUGAGAAAAUA